AUGAAAAGACGAGGUGUUACAACGUUACAAUCAUCAUCAACAAAAGACUCGAUGCCAACGAAUCGACACGAGUCUGGUGGAUUUCGUUCGAUUUUCAUCACAUCAUUGGUAUGGCUGAUUAUUCUUCUUGUCAGUCUUUAUGCAACGAAUCGAAAUUCAUCAACAGCGUCUGAUUGUUCGCAAGUUGGACUUAUUCAAACUGCGUUUUGUAAAAUUGGUCAUGUGUUGAUCGGAUUUUGUUCCGAGUCUGAUCAGGAAGGAGAACAUUAUCGCCAACCAAGAUCUGCACCGAUCAGAUCUCCGUCAUCCUCGGAUAAAAAUUCUGUCAAGUUGAAAUUUACAGAUAUUUACAAUAAAGACUUGUGUGGGAAAGACCAAGAUUGUCAAGAUAAUUUUAUCGUUCCCGAAGAAUCUGCGAUAAUAAAUUCCAAUCCGCCGAACUGGCCUGGAGAAAUGGGGUCAGCUUAUCUUCCACCGGACCAUCUUUUAGAAGAAUCAAAAGCUCGAUUUGCCGAAAAUAUGUUUGAUAUCGCUGUUAGUGAUCGAAUCGCAUUAGAUCGUGCAAUGCCUGACAUACGAAAUGAAAAUUGUAAAGCUCAUUCAAAAUUUAAUCACAAUUUACCGAACACAUCGAUUAUAAUUGUUUUUCAUAAUGAAGGAAACUCAACUCUAUUACGAACAUUGGUUAGUAUCGUUAACCGAACACCUUGGAGAUUAAUUCAUGAAAUUAUUUUACUGGAUGACGCCAGUGUUGAUCGAGAAUAUUUAAAUGAACCAUUGCAGAGAUUUAUUGAAACACUUCCAGUACGAACAAUUCUUCUUAAAAAUGAAAAACGUUUAGGAUUGAUCAGUUCUCGAGUGAAAGCGGCAAAAGUUGCAACUGGUGAAACAUUGAUGUUUCUCGAUUCACACGUGGAAGUUCUCAACGGUUGGCUUUUAUAUCUACUUGAAGAAAUUCAAAAAGAUCGAACAUCCAUCGUUUGUCCGAUAAUUGAUGUGUUGACCUAUGAUGCAUUUCAAUUGUUACAUGGAGCGACGGAUAUUUUUGGAACGUUUAGCUGGAAAAUGAUUUUCCGUUGGUCGAAAAUUCCAGGAUUAACUGCAAACAAUGCUCAACCGAUCAGUACGCCAACCAUGGCUGGUGGUCUCUAUGCAAUUGAUCGUCUUUAUUUCGAAGAAUUGGGCAUGUAUGAUGAAGGAAUUAAGAUUUGGGGUGGUGAAAAUCUUGAAAUGUCGUUUAAAUGUUGGAUGUGUGGUGGAAGAAUUGUUAUUCAUCCGUGUUCGCAUGUUGCUCAUGUAUUUCGCAAAGAAACACCGUACAAAUUUCUCGAACAUGAAUCAAUCUUUGUGACAAUAUUCAAAAAUUACAAACGUGUAGCUCUAGUCUGGUUAGAUGAAUACAAAGAAUUAAUCUAUGCAGUUAAUCCUGAUAUAAAACGACUUGACGGAGGAGAUGUUUCAAGUCGAAUCGAACUUCGAAAGAAAUUGAAUUGUUCGUCGUUUCGAGAUUUUCUAGACAGGUUUCAAUUGAAGAAUUUUCCGUUCAAUCAUCGUUUUAUCGGAUCGAUUUCAACCAGUUCUCGUCGUUGUCUAGAUUCAAUGACAGGUCCUGAUAUAUCAAAGGGCUUGAAUACUCAAGUUUCAGCUCAGGCUUGUCAUGCUGAGGGUGGAAAUCAGAUAUUUUUGUACACAACAUCGAACAAAAUUCAUUUUGAUGAAUUAUGUCUUGAGCCAAAUCCCGAGAAAGCAUCGAAUCAAGAUAUUAUUCUCACUCUAUGCAAUGAUGAACGAAACCAACAAAACUGGGAAUAUGAUCAACAGACUUCACAAUUGAAAAACGAAUUUUAUCAAGGACAAUGUUUACACGUUUCCGGCAAUUCGGACGUUGUUCUAGCACGAUGUGAUACAAAUAAACCAAGUCAAAAAUGGUCAUUUAAUCAAGAAAAGAUAAAAAAAGACUUUUCAUCGAAAAUCAAUUUGAUUUCGAAUACACUUCAUUCGAUUGAAUAUGACGUCACAGGUACAACAAUCCCCUCUUCUCCUGCAUUACUUCAUUCCGUACCAUCCGAAAUAUCUGAAAUACAUCGAAAUAAGCACACGAAUUCAGCAAGUUGUGCUAAGAAGAAAAAGAAAGGCAAUGAAUAUUUGUUCGUCUAUACAAAUAUUUGA